CUACAGCACCAGCAGGUGCAUUGAAUGAUCUCAAUGGAUCUUCCACGCCUGCUACAACUCCACUGUCGACUAACAGUUCAGCAUCUUCCUCGUGGAUGUCAUUCUUCACCGCCAGACUAUCCGCUCUAGGAUCCGAGAUGUUGCUUAAGUUAAGGGUAGGUAGUUAAAGGUGCGUUUUUUACCCCCGUCUGCUGAAUUUCGUUAUGGCGUGGUCUCAAUAGUUUACCCAACGCCGAUGUAGCGGCCAGCUGUUUUUAAAGGUGCUUCUGUUACCGUUUGUUAUGGCUCUUUCUAAACAAAGGGGGACGGCCAUAACAAACCACGGGAUAAACGAACACCAAAAACCUACCUCGUCUAAUUAAGAUGUUUUCGCAGCUGUCUUGUUGUGGCCGCUCUUGUUGCGCUGGAGGUCCAUUAGCGAUAAGAGACGGCGUAGGGGAAGAUUGCAGCACUGUAAUAGUAACCUGUGGAGAGGUUUUUACAGGAUCAUUAGCCGAUGCCGGACGAACAAAUGGGAGUAAAACUUCGAAUGCGAAUCAGACGCGAGCACAAAUUCGCGAAAUCACAAGAACUUGCCAUAGGAACACCUCUUCAGGUGCUACUACAACAGGGGAAUCACUACCACCGUCAAAAGAAACGUGUCGUGCAGAACAAGCUGAAGUGGUCGAUCCUUUAGAUCUAGCCGAGGACAAGGAACUGACCAACUUGAUUGGUCUUUUGAACGCUGCCUUUCCUAGAAUUGUAGAAAGCCGGGAAUCUUCUUUCGAUGCAGCGUUUGAGGGCAGAGGGGCGGAUGGUGCGUGUCGUCUUGUGAGUAGAAGUUCUUCUUCAUCAACAUCUGCUAGAAGUACUUCUGCCUCAAAUAAAAUAAGUAGAACUUCCACCACAAGAAGGAAGAGCAAGGAGGAGGAGAUACAACUAGGUGAUGAAAAACACUUACCGGAAUUACUCCUAGAUUGCAAGGGACGCAAGACUAGUCCCACCGGCGCCAACCUCCCACCAGGUAGUUCUCAGCCUUCACUUUCCGAAGUCGACUCCUUCACGUUCGAGGAAGCUGCGCUUCUACUUUCUCGUGUACACAAACUAGUUGAUGAAGAUGAUGGGACAGUAACGAACGCAGAGGACGAUGAUCAAUUACAGGAGAACUCUGAGAUACAACAGGUGAUCAAGCGGUUCUUCCGCUUCCAAUGGUUUGCUGAUGUUGGGCGGGCUAUGCGAGCGUUGAGGAAAUAUCGUGAGCAGACUGAUUGCUUGAGGCAUUUGAUCGAGGUCGAGGAGGUAGAUGAAGUAGGAUUAUGGGUGUAGGGAAUUCAUCUCCCAAGUCAUCUGGAAGAAGAAAACGAGAAGAAAAUGGAGAACCAGACGACUCCUGAGAUAGAUUCCCUAUACCUCUAAUAGGAGUAGAAGAGCAAGCUUUAGACGUGAAGGAUGCGGCGUCUGCAUCAGUGUCUCCCACGUUACCAGAAUAUCCUUCAGUAGAGUCCGUCGAAACCACACCCCCUUCAAGAAAGCCAGCCUUUUCAUCACGACAAACAGCUGCAUCUUCCUUGGCUUUGUCUAGAGGACAGGACUUGUUGGCGAGGUCUCGCUCCUCAGAUAUGCAGCAUACUGACAGGUCCUCCUGCGAUGGGCUCGGAACUACAAUUACGAGCAGUGGGAGCAAGCUCGAGGAUGAACGACAACGACAGCAGACACCUAGAAGUUGUUCAAGAACUACAUCAACAGGAAGACUAAAAACUCAGCAAGCGCAACAGCAACCCACCUUUGCCGACGAUGUCCUCUUGGCACUUUCGAAUCUAGACACCGAAGAUUUUCGACGAGCUGCGGUGUUGUUGAGUCAAUACCGUGAGCAACACCCGGACUACAGCAAUGGUUUUGUUCGGUGUCGGUACACUGCCAGCCUCAAUGCUGGAUUGAGUAGCUCAAGGAAACUGCUGUUGGAAAUGCGCUUAAGGCUGAUUCUCGUCACCUUUAGAUUAGGACAGUGACAGUCUGGCUUCGACAGACAAGACAGUUUUUUACAAAUUCAUCCUGCUAUUUCUAGUUCUGUGUAAAGUACAUGAAGAUCAUGAAGCAAUAAACACCCUUCUCAAGCUCUAACCUCUUCCCAAGACAAGCUUUUCCCGGACACACAUAUGCGGGAGCUCCGAAUCGCACUAGAUAUAGCGCGAGUGCGAAAAGGCAGACAGGUCCUCGAAGAUCAGUUGAUAUCGAGAGAGGCUAGUAGAAAGCGCGUAGAGGAACGUGUCAAGAAACAAGAUAGCUUGGCAGAAAGAGCUGCGACCUUCCUCGUAGAUGGUGUGAUGAAAGAGGAAGUAGGAGUAGACGCUGAAAAACAAGUGGGCAAAAAUGACUCAGAACAUCUUCAAGAACAGCAACAAGAAAAUGAAAAGCAACGUCGUGAACAAAAGCAGGAUAAUUUGAAUCUUGAAGGUGGUUUUUUAGCGUCUUGUUCAUCUUCCUCAGGCUCACCUGCCUCUCCCCUACCUACAAACCAAGAAGACCACUAUGGCAAAGAGCACAGUCAACCCAGUAAACCCCGUCGACCAUCGAGUUUCACAGCACAGGACUUCGUGUCAAUAACUCCAGCAGCCCAUGAAAAAAUCGUGUCGCGGCCGCCGCGUCCUGGUUGCUUUCUAACCAACGAUGAAGUUGGAGGUGGAGCAGCCAAAGGGAGGAUCUUUGAAAGCGGAGGUGGUUCUUCUGGUCGACAACAAGGAUGCGAGGCAACAACAACUGCUGGAGAAGAUGCUGUAAUCUCUAUCUCGCCAGGAUCUUCUAGAGAGGACAAAAAUACUUGGUCUUCGUGGUGGUUCGGCCAACCGCAGAGACAAAGACAUGCUCAGAUAAUCGACAACAUCAGCAACCAUCAUGAACAUCAGCCUCCACGACAUGCAGCAACCCCGAUGACAAUGGAUGACUGGCCGGAAGACCUGAUGGUCCCCUACGAACAAUUGUACUUUUACUAUCUGCCGAGGAGAGAAGCAGGACACUUCUACCAGAGCUGCAUCACUUCUCAGACUGCUGAGAUUUCAAAGCUGUUGGCGGAACAAUGCAAUCAGCGGGCGACCUAAUAUUAGUGGAUGAUGAUUUAUUAUGGUCGAAGUUGAUGCGGCUAUCACUAUCUCUACCAACUACCUUUUUACUUUUUGAGAAUAUAUCAACAGUACCACUAGUACCUACUAACUUUUUAUUGGUAUUUUGUCAUUGGGUCACACACAUCAUACUCCUUACCAGUUGCCGGAUGAGUAGCUGCAGCUAUGUAUCCACAUGUCGCACUCCUACAUUUUUCUAGACGGCUAGGUUUGCUUUACAAAUUUUCCUGCAACAUCUUCCAUGUAUUGACGGACACCUAUAAUUUUUGUACUGCAAACAAGACGAUGAAGUACAUACUUUAGAAGAUUCUGCAAAAACAUAGGGCACGAUGCGUGCGUAGUAUUACUCUAUCUCUACAACUGAGGUAUUUUUUCAUAGAUAAUUCCCUCUAAAGGACCUAGGAUAAGAUUAAAGAUAUCUGCGUGAGACCCGCGAUGACGAUUGUCCUCAAUAUGAAUAUCGCAACUUGCAUCAUGAUCAAAUUGCUGCGAAAAGAGUGUGGCUCUACCUGAGUGUAUGUCG